UUCACAUGGGGAACACCAUCCGCGCCCUCGUGGCCUUAGUCCCCGCCGAUCGCUGCCAGAGUUACGUGGUGGGAGACCUCAGGGAGAUGCCGCUGGACCGGAUGGUGGAUCUGAGUGGGAGGCAGCUGCGCCGCUGCCCGCUGCGGGUGUGCGCCUUCACCGAGCUGGUAAAGCUCUACCUCAGCGACAACCACCUGCACAGUCUGCCUCCGGACCUGGCACGGCUGCAGAACCUGCAGAUCCUGGCCUUGGAUUUCAACAACUUCAAAGCUCUCCCCCAGGUGGUGUGUUCCUUGAAGCGGCUCUGCAUCCUCUACCUGGGCAAUAACAAACUCUGUGACCUCCCGGCUGAGCUCAGCCUGCUCCAGAACCUCCGUACCCUGUGGCUUGAGGCCAAUUGCCUCACCCAGCUGCCCGAUGUGGUGUGUGAGCUGAGCCUCCUUAAGACCCUGCAUGCGGGCUCCAACGCCCUGCGGCUGCUGCCCGGCCAGCUCCGGUGCCUGCGCGAGCUCAGGACCAUCUGGCUCUCAGGCAACCAGCUGGCCGACUUCCCCCCAGUGCUGCUUCGCAUGCCCCUCCUGGAGGUGAUCGACGUGGAUCGGAACAGUAUCCGCCACUUCCCCAGCCUGGCCCACCUGACUAACCUGAAGCUGGUUAUCUAUGACCACAAUCCUUGCAGAAAUGCCCCCAAGGUGGGCAAAGGUGUGCGCCGUGUUGGGAGAUGGGCAGAUGAGACCCCAGAGCCUGAGCCCAGAAAAGCUAGGCGAUACGCACUGGCCCAGGAAGAUCGAGAGCCACCUGCGCCCCUCCCACUUCCCAGCUCCUCAGUAGCUUCGGUUGUAGCCAGUCAACGAGGGCCCCACAGGUCUGAAGACACCUCAUUAGCGUGGACCGGAGUGCGGGCUCAUCCCAGGGCCGAUGCAGAGCCAGGGGAGGGGAGGGGCCCGGAGCAGGGCAGCCUAGCCUAG